ACCGCACUCUGGUGGUCAGCCUUUCUCGGUACGACCGAGCUGCUGCGCACGUUAGUCACGAAAGAUCCCCAGUCUUUGGAGAUGAAGGCACGUCGUGACGGCAUGUCUGCUCUACAAGUAAGCGUGCGAGAGCAACGCUUUGAUGCUACCGUAAUCUUGCUUGAGAACGGAGCGGACGUGAACUCUGUGAAUAGAUUCGGAGAAACCGCGCUGAUGAUUGCUGCGGGCUCAGGAUAUGCGGCAGCGGUGGAGCUUUUGUGCCAAUGCGGCGCCGACGUCAAUAUCGUCGAUCGUUUUGGUGAGCCCGCAUUGUUGAAAGCCGCAGAGCAGAAUCACAUCGACGUGGUCUCAUACUUGAGCAAU